AAAAGAGGCAGUGGGGGAUAGGAGAGAGGAGUGGGUAUAGAGAGAUGCCUCAGACUCCUUCGACGAGGUGGUGUCCGACGCCGGAGCAGCUGAUGAUACUGGAGGAGAUGUACAGGAGCGGGGUGAGAACCCCGAAUGCCUCUCAAAUACAACAGAUCACGGCGCACCUCUCCCUUUAUGGCAGGAUCGAGGGAAAAAAUGUGUUCUACUGGUUCCAAAAUCACAAGGCCAGGGAGCGGCAGAAGCUCCGCCGGAGACUUGGCCGGCAACACCAACUGCUCCACCAGUCGGAGGGCCCCUCGUCUCCCACUCCUCCACUUCACAAUCAAACCCCACCGCCUAACUUGCUCUACCAGGGCUGUCUCCAAGAGGUGCUAACCCAAGGGAUGAAUCUGGUCGGCAAGCUGGAGGCUGGAGAAGGCCAAGAAGAAGAGCCGGCGGCUAGCGAUGCAGUGUACACUCAACCAUGGAUGACUAUGAUGGAUGGCAGCGCCGCCGCCGCCACCGCCGUUCCUCCUCCUUGUUGCAGGCCUCUCAAGACCCUGGACCUCUUCCCCACCAAAAGCACAGGCAUGAAAGAUGAGUGCAGCUCCUCCAAGUCUUCCUCAUGCUCCACGUCCACCAACUAAGUGCAGCAGCAGCCCCUUUGUGCUCAUCUAACUAUCUGUAACUCAAUCAUCUGCCAAGGCUUACUUAGUCUUCUUCUACGUGUUUGCUACUUCCAUUAGUAUAACUGUUUGCUUUAGUCAGUGGAUAUGUUUCUGUCAUGUAACUUUUAGGUCUACUAUCUACGUGCACUGCUUUCUCUUUCUCUCUUUCUUUCUCUCUUUCUUUUCCUCUUGAGUCUUCCUUUUCUCUUCUCUUGUAGGUGUAUAUGCAU